UCCAGCAGUACCAGCUUGCAAAGCCUGUUUCUAGCCUCCUUCCUUGGCUGCUGCUUGCUGCUUGGCCCUGUUGCUAUUGCUGACAGAAACGUGUUAACAAAGCAGAACGAGAAAAAAUGCCAGCCAUCCUGGUAGCCUCCAAAAUGAAAUCCGGACUACCCAAACCUGUCCACAGUGCUAGUCCUAUUGUUCAUGUGCCAGCAGCGAGGGCCAUCCCACAGCCCUGCUACCUGAAGUUUGGGAACAAGGUGGAGGUGAACAAGUCUUCCUAUUCCAGUCAGAUCCCCCUCAAAUCUCAUCAUGGUCACGAGAAUGCAGGAGAUGGCUUCCCUUCAAAGAAGAGUAGCUCCAUCGAAAAUGGCUUUGACACACAGAUUUAUACGGAUUGGGCCAAUCACUAUCUAGCAAAAUCUGGCCAUAAACGUUUGAUAAAGGACCUGCAGCAAGAUGUAACCGAUGGAGUUUUACUGGCUGAAAUCAUCCAGGUUGUAGCAAAUGAGAAGAUCGAAGACAUCAAUGGCUGUCCAAAGAAUAGAUCUCAAAUGAUUGAAAAUAUAGAUGCGUGCCUGAGUUUUUUGGCUGCCAAAGGAAUAAACAUACAGGGACUGUCUGCAGAAGAAAUAAGGAAUGGGAAUUUAAAGGCCAUCUUAGGCCUUUUCUUCAGUCUCUCACGAUACAAGCAGCAGCAACAGCAGCCCCCAAAACAGCAUUCACAGCACCUCCCACCCCAGCAACCACCUACAUCACCCCAGCAAGUAGGCUCUCCAUCGCACCACCAGCUUGGGCUGCAAGAACUGCAACUACAACAACAGCAGCAGCAGCAGCAGCAGCCGCCACCACCACCGGUGCCAGCUUCACCCCAGACUCAGUGCCAACAGCCCCAGCAACCGCCUCAUCUCCAGUUAAAAGCACAACCAGAAAUGCAGUCCAGUGCAUCACCCAGGGACUCAUCUCAAAGCAAAAUCAUCCGAUUCACUCUCGGUCACAAAAAGACUUCUAGACUUCCAGGUCCUACCACGAGGGUUUCAGCUGCAGGCAGCGAAGCAAAAACUCGUGGUCCAGUUAGUGCCAACAACCGGCGUAGCCAGAGCUUUAACAACUAUGAUAAGUCCAAACCCACCACAAGCCCACCGUCUCUUCUAACAAAUAGCAAUGAGAAAGAGCCAGCAGAGAAUUUAGCCUCCCAGCCCACAGGAAUGAAUGAAAAUGCACCAUCUUCAGUCCAAAGCAGCAAUAGCAACAAUGCUGCCAGUUGCAAUAACUCCUCAGCUAUCCCCCAGCCCAACUCUGCCGUUAAACCCUGGCGCAGCAAGUCACUUAGUGCUAAGCACACAGCCACCACGUCUUCCAUACUAUCAGUAAAGCAGCAGGUUCAAGAAUCUCCAAAACCUGCUCCAGAGGUGGUCAAAACAACUCCCAAUGGUCAGAAAUCCAUGCUCGAGAAACUGAAACUCUUUAAUACAAAAGGUGGCUCUAAAGCAGGAGGGUCAACCCUUGAAUGCCCAGGAUCUCGGGAGACUAGUUCUGAAAGGCUAGAGGUCCUCCCUACCUUUGAGGAAAGUGAGGAAAUGGAUGCUGUAAAUCGGAAUGUGAACAACCCAGGACCAACAUCUAAUAGUCCCAAAAUUGCACUCAAGGGAAUUGCACAAAGAACGUUUAGUCGGGCGCUGACCAAUAAGAAGAGUUCCCCAAAGGGCAACGAGAAAGAAAAAGAGAAGCAGAAAGAUAAAGAAAAAGAAAAGAACAAAGAUAUUGCAAAGAGAACAUCUGUAACGGAGAGAGCAGAUGUAAAAGAGGAGCUGAAAGAAGAACAGCCAACGCCAGCUACAACAGAGACGCCAAAAAAAUCCUCCAAAAUCGCAAGCUUUAUCCCGAAAGGAGGAAAGCUAAACGGUGCCAAGAAGGAAGCAUCUGCCCCUUCGCACAGUGGAAUACCAAAACCAGGGAUGAAAAACACCACAGGGAAAUCCUCAAGUGCCCCAAGUUGUUCUGCAAAGGAAGGCGAGAGAAGCCGCAGCGGGAAGCCUGCCUCAGGCCUCUCUCAUCAGAAGCCCCAGCUAGACAGCAGGAAUUCGAGUUCCACAUCAAGUUUGGCCUCUUCUGAAGGGAGAGGAAUAGGAGGGGUGUCUGCUCUCAGUACUAGCAGCAGCAGCCAGGCGGUCAAUGGGCCAACAAGUAGUACCACACAGACCACAGGAAGCAAUACUGUUAGUGUUCAGCUACCUCAUCCACAACAGCAAUACAGCCACCCGAAUACUGCCACAGUAGCACCAUUCAUGUACAGAUCCCAGACAGACAAUGAAGGGAAUGUAACUGCUGAGCCCAGCACUGGAGGAGUGAGCACAAGCAUGGAUUCUGCUCCUUACAGUAAAACCGGACAGCCUAUUCUAGAAGAUCUUUCUGGGGAAGAUCCAGAAACUCGUCGGUUGCGAACUGUCAAGAAUAUAGCUGAUCUUCGACAAAAUUUAGAGGAGACCAUGUCUAGCUUACGCGGAACCCAGGUUUCUCACAGCACCUUGGAAACCACCUUUGAUACCAAUGUCACCACUGAAAUAAGCGGACGCAGUAUUCUCAGUUUGACGGGAAGGCCGGCACCCUUAUCUUGGAGACUUGGACAGUCUAGUCCCCGUCUUCAGGCAGGUGAUGCUCCCUCAGUGGGCAAUGGAUAUCCUCCAAGAGCCAAUGCCAGCCGGUUCAUCAAUGCAGAAUCAGGGCGUUACAUGUAUUCAGCGCCUUUAAGAAGACAACUAGCAUCUCGGGGCAGUAAUGUCUGUCACAUGGAUAUCUCAGACAAAGCAAGCGAUGAAAUAGAACUUGAAGGCAUCAACAUGGAUGCUACAGGUUAUAUGAGUGAUGGAGAUGUCCUGGGGAAAAAUAUAAGGACUGAUGACAUUACGAGUGGGUACAUGACUGAUGGUGGAUUGGGCCUUUACACUCGAAGAUUAAACAGACUUCCUGAUGGGAUGGCUGCUGUACGGGAAACUCUGCAACGCAACACCUCACUGGGUCUGGGUGAUGCUGACAGCUGGGAUGAUAGCAGUUCUGUCAGCAGUGGAAUCAGUGACACCAUAGACAACCUCAGCACUGAUGACAUUAACACAAGCUCCUCCAUCAGCUCAUAUGCUAACACACCUGCAUCCUCUCGUAAGAAUCUGGAUUCACAGACGGAUGCUGAAAAGCAUUCCCAAGUGGAGCGGAAUUCCUUGUGGUCUGGUGAUGAAAUAAAAAAAUCAGAUGGAGGUUCAGACAGCGGUGUAAAGAUGGAGCCUGGAUCUAAAUGGAGAAGGAAUCCCUCUGAUGUGUCUGAUGAAUCUGAUAAAAGCACUUCUGGGAGGAAGAACACAGUCAUUUCACAGACAGGUUCCUGGAGACGGGGCAUGUCAGCUCAGGUUGGCAUUACCACACCAAGGACGAAAACGGCAACCACCUCAGGAACUUUGAAGACACCUGGAACAGGGAAAACUGACGAUGCCAAGGUAUCGGAAAAGGGUCGAAUUUCUCCUAAAUCUGGACACAUUAAACGUUCCCCAUCAGAUGCUGGACGUAGCAGUGGUGAUGAAUCGAAAAAACCUUCUGCAAAUAAUUCUAGAACACCUGCGGCCAAUACAAAUACGUUUGGAUUUAAAAAACAGAGUGGGACUGCUAUAGGCAUGACCAUGAUAACAGCUAGUGGGGCAACUAUUACAAGUAGAUCUGCUACUCUGGGCAAAAUCCCCAAGUCAUCAGGACUCAUGGGUAGAUCCACUGGUCGGAAGACUAGUGUUGAUGGCUCGCAGAAUCAGGACGAUGGUUACUUAGCCAUUAGCACCCGAACCAAUCUUCAGUACCGGAGUUUACCAAGGCCCAGCAAAUCCAGCAGCAGAAGUGGAGCUGGGAAUAGAUCUAGCACAAGCAGCAUAGACUCCAACAUAAGCAGCAAGUCAGCAGGCCUGCCUGUUCCUAAAAUGAGAGAGCCAACUAAAGUUGCCCUUGGAAGCUCUCUGCCAGGCUUAGUCAACCAGACAGAUAAAGAGAAAGGGAUCUCAUCAGACAAUGAAAGUGUGGUCUCUUGUAAUUCUGUUAAAAUGAACCCAGCAUCUCAAGCAGCUUCUAAUGCAUCCCAGAAUACUCACCAGCAAGGCGUCAAGUACCCAGAUGUGGCCUCCCCCACUUUGCGCAGACUUUUUGGUGGAAAGCCCAGUAAACAAGCUCCCAUCACAACAGCAGAAAGCAUGAAAAAUUCAGUGGUCAUCUCUAACCCACAUGCAACCAUGAACCAACAGGGAAACCUGGAUUCUCCUUCUGGCAGUGGCAUACUGAGUAGUGGUGGUAGCAGUCCUCUUUAUAGUAAAAAUGCAGACAUGAAUCAGUCUCCGUUAGCAUCUAGUCCUAGUUCUGCUCAUUCGGCUCCUUCCAACAGCUUAACCUGGGGUACUAACCCCAGCAGUAGUUCUGCUGUUAGCAAGGAUGGGAUUGGAUACCAGUCUGUCAGCAGCCUGCACACCAGUUGCGAAUCCAUUGAUAUUUCUCUCAGCAGUGGAGGCGGGCUGAGCCACAACUCUUCCAGUGGCUUGAUUGCUGCUUCUAAAGAAGACUCAUUGACUCCUUUUGUUAGAACCAACAGUGUUAAGACAACAUUGUCAGAAAGCCCUCUCUCUUCCCCUGCUGCUAGUCCCAAAUUCUGCAGAAAUACUUUACCCAGGAGACAGGACAGUGACCCACAUCUUGAUAGGAACACUUUGCCUAAGAAAGGACUCAGGUAUACUCCUUCAUCACAACUUCGUAAUCAAGAAGAAGCGAAAGAAUGGCUGCGUUCCCACUCUGCAGGAGGUCUUCAGGAUACAGUUGUCAAUUCCCCAUUUUCUUCUGGUUCCAGCAUCACAUCACCUUCUGGGACUAGAUUUAAUUUUUCCCAACUUGCAAGCCCCACCACAGCAGCCCAGAUGAGCUUGUCAAACCCAACCAUGCUACGGACGCACAGUCUUUCUAAUGCGGAUGGCCCUUAUGAUCCUUACAGUGACUCCCGGUUCCGGAACAGCUCAAUGUCACUGGAUGAAAAGAGCAGGACAAUGAGCCGUUCUGGGUCAUUCCGGGAUGGCUUUGAAGAGGUACAUGGGUCCUCUCUCUCUUUGGUUUCGAGCACAUCGUCAAUUUAUUCAACGCCUGAAGAAAAAUGUCAGUCAGAGAUACGCAAGCUAAGGAGGGAGUUGGAUGCAUCCCAGGAGAAAGUCUCAGCUCUGACAACGCAGUUGACUGCCAAUGCUCACCUUGUGGCAGCGUUUGAACAGAGCCUGGGAAACAUGACCAUUAGAUUGCAAAGCCUUACCAUGACUGCAGAACAGAAGGAUUCAGAACUGAACGAGUUAAGAAAAACCAUUGAGCUUCUGAAGAAACAAAAUGCUGCUGCUCAGGCUGCCAUUAAUGGAGUAAUUAACACACCUGAGCUUGCCUGCAAAGGAAGUGGGACUUCCCAAACCAGCGAUUUGCGGAUCCGAAGGCAGCACUCUUCAGAUAGUGUCUCUAGCAUUAACAGUGCUACGAGUCAUUCCAGUGUGGGAAGCAACAUAGAAUGUGACUCUAAGAAAAAGAAGAGAAAGAACUGGUUACGCAGUUCCUUCAAACAAGCUUUUGGUAAAAAGAAGUCCCCCAAAUCAGCAUCUUCUCAUUCAGAUAUCGAAGAGAUGACAGAUUGUUCCCUGCCAUCAUCACCAAAACUGCAUCACAAUGGCUCAGUUGUGUCUACACCAUUACUGAGAACUUCACAUUCCAAUUCUCUGAUUUCAGAAUGCAUCGAUAGUGAAGCUGACACAGUUAUGCAGCUGCGAAAUGAGCUGAGAGACAAAGAGAUGAAGCUGACAGAUAUCCGUUUGGAGGCCCUAAGCUCUGCGCACCAACUUGACCAGCUUCGGGAAGCUAUGAACAGGAUGCAGAGUGAGAUUGAGAAACUAAAAGCAGAAAACGACCGGCUGAAGUCUGAAAAUCAAGGCAGCUGUAGCAGGGCCCAGUCUCAGGCCUCCAUUUCAUCCUCUCCAAGGCAGUCCGUGGGUCUCUCCCAGCACAGCCUGAACCUCACAGAGUCAGCUAGUCUCGACAUGCUGCUGGAUGACCCCAGCGAUGGUUCUUCUAGGAAAGAAGGUGGCAGACAUGUUAAAAUAGUCAUCAGCUUUCAGGAUGACAUGAAAUGGAAAGAAGAUUCUAGGCCUCGCCUGUUCCUCAUUGGCUGUAUAGGGGUCAGUGGAAAGACCAAAUGGGAUGUUCUGGAUGGUGUUGUCAGAAGGCUGUUUAAGGAAUACAUCAUUCAUGUAGAUCCUGUGAGUCAGCUAGGGUUGAAUUCAGACAGUGUCCUGGGAUACAGCAUUGGGGAAAUCAUUCGCACAAAUAGUGCAGAGACACCUGAGCUGCUGCCCUGUGGCUAUCUGGUUGGUGAAAACAACACCAUCUCAGUGACUAUCAAAGGUAUCGUAGAGAAUAGCUUGGACUGUCUGGUGUUUGAGUCUCUGAUCCCAAAGCCUAUACUACAACGCUAUGUGUCACUCUUGAUGGAACAUAGGCGAAUCAUCUUAUCUGGUCCAAGUGGCACAGGAAAGACCUACUUAGCCAAUCGUCUGUCAGAGCAUAUGGUACUUCGAGAGGGCAGAGAGCUGGCUGAUGGUGCUAUUGCAACGUUUAACGUAGAUCACAAGUCCAGUAAGGAACUCCGCCAGUACCUUUCCAAUCUUGCUGACCAAUGCAAUAGUGAAAAUAAUGCUGUAGAAAUGCCUUUGGUGAUCAUCCUGGACAACUUGCACCAUGUUAGCUCCCUGGGAGAGAUCUUCAAUGGGCUCUUAAACUGCAAGUACCACAAAUGCCCUUAUAUUAUUGGAACAAUGAACCAAGCAACAUCCUCUACACCGAACCUUCAGCUCCACCACAACUUCAGAUGGGUCCUUUGUGCCAACCAUACCGAGCCAGUCAAGGGCUUCCUGGGCCGUUUCUUGAGAAGAAAACUGAUUGAAACAGAAAUUGGUGGCCGGAUGAGAAAUGCAGAACUGAUUAAGAUCAUUGAUUGGAUUCCCAAAGUCUGGCAACAUCUCAACAAGUUCUUGGAAGCUCACAGUUCUUCCGACGUUACAAUUGGUCCACGACUCUUCCUCUCUUGCCCUAUAGAUGUGGAUGGUUCCAGGGUUUGGUUUACUGACUUGUGGAACUACUCCAUCGUUCCCUAUCUUCUUGAAGCUGUCAGAGAAGGGCUACAGUUGUAUGGGAGAAGAGCGCCAUGGGAGGACCCUGCCAAAUGGGUAAUGGACACUUACCCAUGGGCAGCCAGCCCACAACACCAUGAAUGGCCUCCUUUGCUGCAAUUGCGGCCAGAAGACGUUGGAUUUGACGGCUACUCUAUGCCACGGGAAGGUUCAACCAGCAAGCAAGUUCCACCCAGUGAUGCUGAAGGAGAUCCUCUGAUGAACAUGCUGAUGAGAUUGCAAGAGGCAGCUAACUAUUCCAGCCCACAAAGUUACGACAGUGACUCCAACAGCAAUAGCCACCAUGAUGACAUCCUUGACUCAUCCCUGGAAUCAACAUUAUGAUGCACGACAAAGCUGAAAUGGUUGCUUGUUUCCCAUGGCCCAUCUCCUGCCUCGCUUAGAAAAAUGAAUCACCCAUCUGUGAGGAUAACUGGCCUUUGGUCCAAUUGGGUGUCUCAGUAUUACAGCUGCAAGAACAAUACAAACUUCUUUUGUGCCCUCUCUCCAUUCAGUGUCAAAUAUGGGUGCAGGCAACCCAAUUGAUGUUUUUGUAUUGUGGUUUUUUUCCCCCCCUUAAUAACAACUGCACUACUUUGGUUUUUUAUUCUUUUGACGUUGCUGUGAGCUCACAUGCCUAAGACACUGAAUACAUUUUUUUUUCUUUAUAAAAUGAUAGUAGUCAUAGUAAUUUCUGGGGAGAGUGGGCUGGAGGGUGGGGGAGGAAAAACACUCGCCUUCAAAGCUUUGAAACGAAAGAUCUUUCUGCCGUGUACUGUCCAGAAGGGAGUCAAGGGCAUGGGUCUUGUCUAUGCUGCUUCUCACCAUUGCUGACUGCUUCAUUUGGUAAUGGCUGAAUUUUUACAAGUUACCUUUAAAUCUAACCUCAGCUACAGAUAGUUCUGGUGCUAUAUAGAAUAAUUGCUUGCCUUGGUAAUAAUGUUCCAUAAAAGGCAAAGAGAGAAGACAAACAGGAAAAUCAGAAACAUCCAAACAUACCUUCAUACAUACAUGCAAAGGAGAAGAAGGCUGUUCUCCAGUUUGAGACCCUGGCUUUUUAUAUUUUUAUAUUUCAUUCUGUUUAUAUAGACACAGAUAUUUGGCUUAAUCUACUGAGCCCAUCAUCUGCUUGACUCCACUGAAGCAAUGGAUUAUGUGACCAUUUUAGCCAGGAUCCAAAGAAUGGAUAUGCACAUGUAAGAGGAAACCAAACACACAGCCAGAGUUUUACUUUCGCUUUUUGCUUCAGCAGUUCCCACUGCUGAAGAGACAAGCGUCUCUCAAAACUAGAUAGCGAUUUGUCUCUUCAGCAGUAGGACCUGUAUGAGGAAAAAGUGAAAGCGGAGUGAAUGCGUAUCCCUUCUUUGGAUGCCAGCGCAUGCACGUGAAAUGUGGAUUUCACCCUUUGAAACAUUAGUGCAGGUUUUUGGAACACUAUAAUUUAAUCAAUACUUAUCACAAUUUUGAAGAGGCUGUUGUCAGCACUUAGUCCUUGCGCUGGCUCAGAAAUAUUUUUAAAUCUUUUUUUUUUCUUGAACAACUGAUCCUCCUGUCUCAGAGCCGACCCCCUUUCUGAAAUUCUCUCCUUCUCAAAAGCAGUUUGCCAUGAGUCAUAGGAGGCUGCUGUUUUAUGGGGUGGGGUGGGGUGGGGGGCUAUCUAAGGCCCCUUUGGGCUGAUGGAACUCAUUCCAUCGUUCUUUGGGCUCUGGCCAGUGCCUCUUGAAGUCAGAAGUAGAAUCAGUUCUCAGCAGACGUUAUCUGCACAUGUUGGUUACAUGCAUGGGGUAAAUAGGGUAACAACUGCUGGCCCCACAUUCAGCAUUGGUGCGCCUACUGGCCUUGCCUUCCUGACACCAGAAAGGGGCUUGUAGGCACCCCUCUUCAGAUACCAGGGGCAGGGGCACGGGGACAUGGCAAUAGGAAGGGUGACCCCAGCAGACAUGGAGGAGGGAAUGCGUGAAUGGAGGUCUCAGUGUUUAUUUAAUUCUGUCUUUACCUUUGCUUCCCUCACUCUGAAUGCCACCCAUUGGGACAGGUGUUUAUCAUCCCCUUGGGAUAAAGUCACCUGGCAUAAGUCAGCAUGAAGAAAAAGAGAAGCAUAAAAUUUUAUCCUGAGCCAGCGGAAAUCCAGUAUCCCAUGUAAAAUUUAAGUGAGACUAAAUAUACUUACUAAAGUGAAUUUCUCCCAACAAUCUCAGACUUUUCUUCUUAAAUAGACAUUUUGUAGAUAGCUUUUUUAAUAAAUAAAAUUGUCAUGGCUUUUAAAAUCUGUGCUCAUAACACAGUCAGGCUUAAACUGUGUGAAAUCAGUUAAGGCCUGUCAACUGUUCUUUUUAAAAGGAAUGUUUACUUAGCCAAGCCUUCAGUAAAGGAGAACAGUCUCUCUGAAGAUUUAGUUUUUAAAGGAUUAUGUUUUUAAACCAAUGAGCAGACAGCAAACAUGGUUCUCUGGGUCUCCUUUUCUUCCUCAUCUCCAAACGCACAAAACAAAAGUUCGGGUGUUUUUUUUAACUUGGUGCUUCUGCUGGGGAACAAGGACACCUCACAAGAAAUUGCACUCCAGUUUGUGUUUUGUUUGUUUAAAGUAUACAACAGCAACCAGUCAGCUGUCUCAAGCUGUUCCCAAUGGAGGCUGGUGGCUUUGAUGUCAGUGGAGCG